AUGCACGGUUUUAGGAUUGCAUAUCCAAAGGAUCCAAGAGGCUUAAGUGAUAUCAUCGCGGCUCUUGAAGGUGGAACGAAAGGUGAAAGUGGAGGAGCGGCGGCGGCGGUGACAAAGGAGAUCACCAAGACAAUGACUGUCACGAAAGUGAUUCAAGGAGCGGCAGCGCCAACAGGAGCUGCUAUACAAGCUGUAGGGACUGGCGGCCAAUUCUCAUUCCUCACUUCGACCGUAUUUGCUUCAGGCGCUCCACCCACGGUCACAGUAACUCCUCUACCUGAGAUGAUUACUCAAACCGUCACUGAGACAGAGCAAGUUAUGGUUACCAUGAUGGCCACGGAAAUGUCGGUGGUAACAUCAAUGGUCACUAUGACUAUGAUGGAAACAACUACCAUGAUGGUAUCAGGUAUGAUGGAUUUACAUUAG